UAAACUUAUUUUGACAUGAACCGGAAGUUGUUGAUGACGUCAUUGUGUGCGCUAGUCCACAUAAACACGUGAGCCAGCAGAGCAGGAGGCACAGAAGUUAUGUCUAAAGCUAAACAGAAACGAGCCAAGCGUCUCGGCUUUUUGGGAAAGUUUAAGGCUAAAGAUGGAGGACAGAGCAAUGCUGCAGGAAGGAAAAAGACAUUGGAGCAGACCAUGCAACUUGUCAACAAUCAAAGAAAUCCAGAAGAAAAAAGAAAGCAAAGGCUACAGGACCUCCAAGAAAAGCAGAGGAUUUCAAGAGAACAAGAGCUGAUGAAGCGCAGGAAUUUGCAGAGUUAUCAGAACGACAUUCUACAGCGACAGAGACAGUUUGAACAGAGGGAAAUGGAGAUGCAAAGUUUGGAGAAACAUGUGAAUUUUGAAAAUGAAAAUUCCAGAAAGGCAUAUUACAGAGAAUUUAAAAAGGUCGUGGAGGCUGCGGAUGUCAUUUUAGAGGUCUUGGAUGCACGGGACCCUCUGGGCUGCAGGUGUCCUCAGGUAGAGAGGGCCAUCAUUCAAAGUGGAACAAACAAGAAGAUAGUUUUAGUGCUUAACAAAAUUGACCUGGUGUCCAAGGAGAUUGUGGAAAAGUGGAUUAAGUAUUUACGAAACGAGUUUCCUACUGUGGCCUUCAAAGCUUCUACUCAGCAACAGACCAAAAACUUGAAACGAAGUAAUGUUCCAGUAACUCAAGCCACGUCUGAGCUUCUAAGCAGCAGCGCCUGUGUUGGUGCAGACUGUCUGAUGAAGCUUCUUGGAAACUACUGUCGCAACCUGGACAUAAAGACUGCUAUCACUGUCGGUGUUGUAGGAUUUCCUAAUGUUGGAAAGAGUAGUUUGAUCAACAGUUUAAAGCGUGCACGUGCAUGUAGCGUUGGAGCUACUCCUGGUGUCACUAAGUGUCUUCAGGAGAUCCACUUGGACAAACAUAUUAAGCUGCUGGACUGUCCAGGCAUCGUCAUGGCAACUUCAACCUCUGAUGCUGGCAUGAUUCUUCGUAACUGUGUAAAAAUUGAACAGCUGGUGGAUCCUCUUCCACCUGUGGAAGCAAUACUGCGCCGCUGCAGCAAGACGCAGAUCAUGGAUCACUAUGGAGUUCCAGAUUUUCACACAGCACUGGAGUUCUUGGCAUUGCUUGCCCGGCACCAAGGCAAACUGAAGAAGGGGGGGCUGCCUGAUACUGACAAAGCAGCAAAGGGUGUCCUCAUGGACUGGACAGGUGGGAGAAUAAGCUACUUCACGCACCCUCCGGAGACACACACUCUGCCCACACAUGUUAGUGCUGAAAUAGUGACAGAGAUGGGUAAAGCUUUUGACUGGGAUGAGUUAGAAAAAGGAAAUGAGGAGGUUCUUGCAGGAUCAUCGUGUCCGGACGUUCAGAUGGGAUUCUGCAUGGAAACUGCAGGAAUGACACAAGGAGAUCAGGGUGACCUUCCUCCGACAUUGGAAAUGGACAGAGGAUUUGAGGAUCAGCUGGAGGUCCUAAAAGAUGCAAGUGAGUCCAUGGAGGAAGACCAAGACCCAGAGUUUGGCCCCAUGACCGUAGAGAUAAAAUCACAGAAAGUUAAGACUGCUGCUAACGAAGCUCCACCCAGAGCUCCAAAUCUAAAGGAAAUUGUGGAUGUAGAUCCUUUACUGCAAGGUCAGGCACUAUUGGCCGCUGGCAAGAAGAGGAAGAAGCAACAGAAAAGAGCUGAUAAAAUUGCCACCAAGCUCUCAGACAGCCUGACAGCUGCCAUGGAUUUUUCAUUUUCUGACAGCUGAAUGAAAUUAAAAGAAAAUCUUCUCUGUC